GAUUUUGCAAGAAUAUAUUAGACUCCUUUAAUUCUCAUCUCGCUUUCUACAUAAAUACCAAUUAUCUUUACUCUCUCACUACACUACAGUCCACCACCGCCGCUCCAAAUGGCAAGCACCGAACCCGAUCACGAUCGCAGAGAAGAGGACGAUGUUCCUCACGCCGAUGACGAGGACACCGGCGCUCAAAUUGCUCCCAUAGUCAAGCUAGAAGAGGUCGCCGUUUCAACCGGCGAAGAGGAGGAGGAUCCCAUUCUCGAUCUGAAAUCAAAGCUGUAUCGAUUCGAUAAGGACGGGAAUCAAUGGAAAGAGCGAGGCGCCGGUUCUGUUAAGCUUUUAAAGCAUAAAGAAUCUCACAAAGUUCGUCUUCUUUUCAGACAAUCUAAGACUCUCAAGAUCUGCGCCAAUCAUCUCGUUAUUCCGAGUAUGACAGUUCAGGAGCAUGUUGGAAAUGAGAAGUCGUGUGUGUGGCAUGCUACUGAUUUUGCUGAUGGCGAAUUGAAGGAUGAGCUUUUUUGCAUUCGUUUCCCCUCCAUCGAAAAUUGCAAGUCUUUUAUGGAAACAUUUCAAGGGGUAGCUGAAUCCCAAAAGUCAAAAGAGGAAAACCAGGAUGCAAGUGCUGCUGCUGAUGCUCUUGAUAAGUUGAGUGUUGAAGAGAAGAAAACGGUGGAGGAAGGAGAGCCAGCUGUUGCUGAGGAGUCAAAUAAGACUGAUGCAGAGAGUAAAGACACUUCCUCCACUUGACAAGGAAGUUCUCGAAACCUUACCUCGGGAUGUUACAAUGAAGUUGUUUUGGUCAUUUUGUGGUUUAAUGGCCAAGAUGCAGAUAAAAUUUGAUGGGCUUGGUUUGUGGGCGGCAAUGUUGUCUAGCUUUUGGUUUCAUCAGUUCUAUUAUUAGGUCUUUUUUGGUCGUUGAGGUUUGGGAUUUGGGUAUUCGUGGAUAGUUCAACUAGGGUUUUUGCAGUCGAACUAGAUGGUUCAAGUCGGGAUAAGGAAAAAAAAUGAAAAUACCUUCUCAAGGGCAGGUUUUAAACCUUGAAUUGUGCAGUCUUUGAAUUGGUACGUGUAUGUCAUGAUUUUUUGUGUGGUCGAUACAUUUCGUGAAAAGAAUUGUUGGUCCGACUGUUGUAGCCAAUAAUAUUCAUAGUUAAUUAUUUGAUUUGGUUUGAA